AUGACGUUGCCGUCAUUGGAGCCACUUAUGAGGAGUGCAAGGAGAGGAUUACCAAACUCUGCGAGAAAUUACAAGCGAAAAAAUUCACUAUCAACUACGACAAAUCAGUCGUGGAACCACAAACACAACUGGAAUUUCUGGGGCAUUUAAUUUGCAGCGGACAUGUGACAAUACACCCGGACCACGCGGAAACUAUUUGCAAAUCGCCAACAUCAGAGACGAGUGCUGAGCUCCAUAGCUUCCUCGGUUUCGGAAAUUGUUUCCACCGAUUUAUACCACGGUACGCAGAACUGGUGGCACCUCUUUAUAAGGUGCUCAAAAGAGAACCAUAUCAUCUCGCCACUGCGGAAAAGGAGUCCUGCAUCAGGGUACAACAUGCUAUCGCCAUGUUACCAUCAUUACAUACUCUCGAUAGCCACUCACCAUUAGUUCUCGAUACGGAUGCGUGCCAGAGAGGGAUUGGCGCAUAUCUAUAUCUUCAACUGGAGAAUGAGUUGUUACCUUUAGCGCACGCACCGCAUGCUUUUACUAAACAGGAGGGCGGUGUGCGGAUGUGA